ACUCAACGUUUGACACCCACGUACGUCACUGUCACUUCAUUUUUCAUGACAAAAAAAAAAUUAUUCCAAUAAAGUCGAAAUCGUGAGAAAUUAUAAAGCGGCAAAGUCGGCGGCACCCAAUCUCGAUCAGAAGAAUGUUUUAACCCGGCAGAGAGUCGUCGUAGUCAGAUUUUUUUUUUCAAGAAAAGAGAACAUUUAGAGUAAACGAAACAGAAAGUGCGAAAAAAUGGGCGCCCGACACUCGAAGAGGUCGGUGGACAUCACCACGACGCCGAAAAAGGGCGGCCAAGAGGAGGGCGGCGUCGCGGCGGCCGAGGGGGCCGCGGAAAAACUGGAGAAAAUCGCCGAGCCCGACUUGAAGGUCACCGCCACCAACGGUACCGCCCUCCAUAGCGAAAUCGAAUUUGCCGAUAAAGAAGAAAUGUCAAAAGAGGAGACCGAAGAGAAGGAGAAAACGGAAAUCAAGGAGAACGGCCUACCGGAAGAGCCCUCGAAUGUUGUCCCGAAUAAAACGGAGGAAACGGAGGGUGACCAACGAGUGAACGGGGAGGAGAAGGAGACGGAAAAGCCAACAAUAGAAGGCGAAACCGCCCCGGAAGAAGCAAAAGUCGAAGAAACGACGGAACAGAAAAAGAAGAAGGACAAGAAAAAAAAAUGGUCGUUUAGGUCAAUUUCGUUCUCGAAAAAGGACAAAUCGAAACCGUCAAAGGACAGUAGUAGUAGUAGUGGAGACAAGAGUGAGGUCAAGGAAGUCGCCGAGGAGAAUGUAGAAGAGAAAACCGCUUCUCCAGUCACUGCUGAACCGCCCCAGACCGAGGAGGCCAAACAAACCCCGGAAGUGGCAGCCGCCCCCAAGGCCGAAGAAGAAGAAAAAGAACCCACCGCCGCCUCUGCUGCUAAAGCACCGGAACCGGAAGCUCCUAAGGAAGUGGUCGAGGAGGCACCUCCUAAACAGGAGGAAGUUGCAAUCGAAGAACCAAAAGCGGAAGUCAAAGAGGAGGCGGCGCCAGAAACCCCGGAAGAACCCCCGAAACCGACCGCAGAAGAGCCCAGUAAAGAGGUGCGUACCGAGGAAGUGCCUCCCCCGUUGCCCUCCUCCAACCCUCCCUCGCCGGUCACGGUAUUCGCCGAGUCGACCAAAGCCGCCCUCCCCCUUUCGCCCCUCGAGACUCCCGCAGCGGAACCCUCGACCGUCUCGGAGGAACCUCCGGAGGCGGAACCUCGAGAGGUCGCCCCGCCAGAGUCCCCCGCCGCCUCACCUACCGAACAAAAUCUCCUCGAUCCCUCGCCCUCGUUUGAUGAACUACCCCCCGCACCUCCUUCGCCCCUUCCCGCCGAACCAACCUUGAAGGAACCCCCUCAAGAAACCCUGGUCUCCGAAGAGUCUAUAAGCCAAGAGGAGCCGACAGUAGACCCCCAACCCAUUAAGGAGGAACCGCCUAAAGAAGAGGUCGAACCGCCCGCGGAACCCUUAACGAACCUUCCCGACUCUCCAUCCGAAACUGAACCGGAACCGUCCACACCCCCACCGACCCCCGCUUCCAAUUCCACCACCGCUCCCGCGGUGGCGGUCAGCUCGCCGCCCCCGGACGACAUCUCGACCGAGUCGUUGCCGAGUCUGCCCGAGCCGUUGUCGGAGAGUUUGGCGGCGCCGAUGUCGCUGCCUCCGGUCGACUCGGUACCGGAGCCGAUCGUAGUCGCUGCCGCCCCCGAUAACGACGAGGGCGUCGUGGCGGCGGCGGCGGCGGCCGAGCUUGACCAAUCUCCCGAACACCAUAAUCAUGAUCAACUCACGAACGGAAUGAACGGGCACAGUAGUAGUUCGUCAUCCCCGCUGAUCGAGGAGGAGGAGGCGGACGAUGGUAAGAAGGAGUUGCCACCCCCCGUUGGACCAACGACGAAACAGAUUCCGUCUGAUGUCGCAGCGAAAGAGAGCGAAAUUAGUCCGGAGUCCGGGGAUACGCCGAGUGAAACGGCCGUGGUGACGGCUGAAGAGUAAGACCAAUAUCAAUACGUCAUAAAGAAACAAAACAAACCAGAAAAUUUAAACAUUUAAAAUUGUAAAGAUCAUUCCUGAAGCAGUAAAAGCGAUGUGAGCGUGAGGAGUUGGACCAAUAUCGCCCAAGACUGUUUCAUUUAAUAUUCGAACAUUUUAUGAUUGAUUGUAUCGCUCCUCGUUCAAAAUUGUCCACAUCGCGCAAAUAUUUAUAAAUAAAAGUUUUUUAAAUACUCCUACACCCUUUUAUAAAUGUUUUAUAUUAUUUUCUUUUUCUGGACGAUUUUGUCGGUAUAUUGUACGUGUCGAGCGAUCGACUUUUUUAUCGUAUACAACUUGUAUAAUAAAGAAGUUAGAAUUUAGUGUUUUUUAGAAUAAAUUUUAGAAAUGAG